GAUGGAGAAAAUCAAGUGGCCAUUUCCCAUUCAUCCGACCACCAUUGACGAGUAUGGAAUCUGCGCCAUUGAUGAGUCCCCUGCUGCCGUCUCGCCAGCCCUCUGCGAUGUCGACAAAGGCUAUUGCGGCUAUGCUUGCGACGGUCGCCGGGGCGCUGGUAUACGUAGCCUCCUCCCCAAGGGCAUCGAGAGUGGCCGACAUGUUCGCAGGUGAAACCAUAGACAUGAGCCACAAGCGCGGCCAGCCCACCGAGUCGUUCGAGGGCGACCUUCGCCUUCGAUGCAACGAAACGUACAUCACCCAAACAUUGGAUCACUUUACGGCUCACCACGGCACGUACGAGCAGCGGUACUUCACGUGCUCCGAACACUGGAAGUCCCCGAACGGACCGAUCUUCUUUUACACGGGCCACGAGAGCGACGCCGAGAGCUUCCUCAAGGCGACGGGACUCAUGUGGGAGAACGCGGCGGAGUUUGGCGCGCUCUUGGUCUUUGCCGAACACCGAUACUUCGGCAAGUCGUUCCCAAAGAUCGCCAACGCGUCGUACAUUGAAAGCCUGCGAUGGCUGUCGUCAGAGCAAGCGCUGGCCGACUACUCAGUUCUCGUCAAGCAUUUGAAAACGACUUUGCACGCCGAAGCCAGUCCGGUCAUCUCGUUUGGCGGGUCGUACGCAGGCAUGUUGUCCGCCUGGUUUCGAAUGAAAUACCCGUUUGUCGUGGACGGCGCGAUCUCUUCGUCGGCGCCGCUGCUAGCGUUCAAGGGCCAGAACCCUCCAGUUGACCCGGAAGCGUUCUCACGCAUAACGACCUUUGUCGGAACUCCUGCGGCCGGUUCAGCUGCCAACUGUGUCCCAAAUAUCCGCAAAGCGCAACAAGUGAUUGCUUCGUGGGGUGCUACUGCCGAGGGCCGUGCCAAGUUGACUACGGCGCUUGGUUUGUGCUCGGUGCCGCCGUCCCAAGACGUUGCGAUCGAAAUCAGCGACAGCUUGGUUAGCACGUACACGGAAUUGGCGGAAGGCAACUACCCGUGGCCGUCCGACUACUUUGGGGACCUGCCCGCGAACCCGUACCGCGUCGCCUGCGACCACUUGAAGGACGAUUUUGCCAACGACGAGGCCGCACUCUUGGCUGGCUUUCGCGCAAGUGUCGGCGUUGCGACCAACUCGACGGGGGAGCUUCGAUGCGUGGACUGGAACUCGACGUACCCCAUUGAAUCGGAAAACUUGUGGUCGUACUUGGCUUGCUCCGAGCUGUACAUGGUCAUCAACGACCAAGACGGCGUCCGCGACUUCUUCCGCCCGUCCAAGCAAAACGAAACAGCGGACGCUGAACAGUGCCUAGCCAAGUGGGGGGUCGAGCUCCGUCCUCUCUGGGCCAACACGCAGUACGGUGGCUGGGACGGCAUUCGCGCUGCGUCCAACAUCGUGUUUUCGAACGGCAACUUCGACCCGUGGGGUGGUUACGGCGUGUGGGAAUCGCAAAGCGCCUCGGUGAUUGCCAUCGCGAUCGACCAAGGCGGGCAUCAUUUGGACCUCAUGUUCAGCAACGAAGCGGACCCGCAGUCCGUCCGCGAUGCCCGCGAGCUCGAAAAGAAGGAAAUCCGCAAGUGGAUUGACCAAAAGCGCAACGCCCCAGCUGACUCUGUGUAGACGAAAAUGCAUGUCGCGUCCCCAAGCGUAAAAUAGUCGAUGUGUCCUUGAAUCUGUGGGCUUGCAACCCUUCCCUUGAUGUUUGUUGCACGUCAAGGGCUUGCUCCAAGGAAACUCUCGUGACACUACCCAUCUCACUCUGCGGUGCCACGCCUUGCCGUCCAUUGCACUUGACCAACACGUGCAUGCUUCA